CAUGUGUUCACGUAAACCAAAAUAAAUAAUUUAUGAAAACUAAUUAAUUUUUUAAUAUUUUACUAAUAGUAUGACAUUAACACACUAUGGCGUUUUGGAUACUAUUAAGGAGAAGUUGGACAGACUUUCUAAGUUUGACCAUGAUUUCCUAGAUCUCGACCAGAACUCUAGCCUUCUUUCAACUUUUAAUGAUAUUUUCAAUUUAACUUCUGAAUUCAUCAAGAACACUUCAAAAGAAGAUUCAUUGGUUAAUGAAUUCGUUAAUUAUCGCAGCGAUGUGUUGAAUCAGUAUAACAAUAAAUUACAAAACUCAAUUAAUUUAACUAAUGAGUUGGAGAAACAAAAAGAUCAUGAAGAGCAGGCAAAUAGAAGUGCUAAAGAGCGACUUAAAUCCAAACAACUUAAUUUUUCAGAUGGCGAAUUCCGUAUAUUAAUGAGUCGCCAGGAAAUCGUAGAUAAAUUAAACGAGUGGAAACAUAUUUGUGACCUAGAACAAAUCGAAAUUAAAAAAUUAAAAUGCCAAAUUGAUAUUCUAGAGGAUAAAAUCUCAACCAAUAAGUUCAAUUCAAACCAAAUUUCUUACUACAACAAGUUAUACUAUGAGCUAUUAACGAGUGCACUGAAAAUAUCAAUUUUGAACGUUGAUGAGAAGAGUAAUGUGAACUUGGCAAUUUUAUCAGAGUCUAAGAAGGAAAAUGAGCAGACUUGGCAUAGGUUUUCAUCUUCUAAAGACUGUGAUGUUUCUACUUGCGACUUUUUAUGGAACUUAAUUGAGAAGUCACUCUGUAACAAUGGUAUUAGCAGUAGUUUCAAGGACCCUAACACUCCCAAACUCAACUCAAUACAUCUGAUUUCAAGAAACUGUAACUAAACAUGUAAUGUAAACUAUUAAUAUAUUUUAAAGGAUAAAAA